AUGGAGAAUUAUAAUCAUCUGUUUUUACAAUUAUUACAACCAUUAAUACGAGUUCAUAUAUCUUAUGAAUUGAUCAAUACAUCAAUAUCAACUACUCUUAUUAAAUAUUUUGAUCAACAUAAUGUUAAUAAUAAAGUUUGGGAUAAUUGUAUUAUACGUAAUCGUUUAUCAAGUAAUAAAUAUAUAAUAGAUUAUGAUUAUGAUUAUGAUAAUGACAGUUCAAUAUCAAUACCAAUAAAAGAAUAUACUCCUAAACAACAUUCAAUAUUAUCACCAUUUAAUAAAAAUUCUGAUAUUUUUCCUAAUGGAAUUUUAACUCAUGAAUGGUUUAAUAAAUAUAUUAAAAAAUUCCCAUUUAUUAUGAUAUAUAUUUGUAAAUUAAUUGAUCCAGUGAUUAAUCAUCAAUUGAUUAAUAAAAUUAAUAAAUUAAAACAAGAUUUAUUAACCAUUGAUUGUAAAUUAAUUGUCAUAUUUGUUGCUGAAAAGAAUAAUAAUAAUGGUGAUACAUCAAUUGAUUAUGAUGAACAAUUAAAAAUUUUACGACAAGAAAUUGGAUUAUCUAAACUUACUGGAUUAUUAUUAUUAGUAACUACAGAAACUAUUAUUGAUAAAGAUUGUGAAUUAUUAAUAAAUUCAAUAUUAAUUCAUUUAAAACAAUCAAGUUAUGAUUAUUAUUCAAAAAUUGAUUAUAAAUUAAAACAACGGAAUAAAAAAUAUUAUUCAUGUCCUAAUAUUAAUGAAAUUAAUACAUCAAUUGAAUUAACUCCAAAAUUUUUAGAAAUUAGAAAUUUAAUUAAACAAAGUAUAAUUCAACAAUUUUUAAAUCCUCAUAAUUUAUAUCAAAGUAUUAAAUUAUUAGAAAUUGCUUAUGAAAAUUUAAUUAUAAUUUUAAAUUCAAUUUAUAAUAAUAAUAAUAAUAAUAAUAUUACUACUACCAUUAAAGAAGAGAAUAUUCUGUCUCAUGAUAAGAAAAUUAUUAAUCAAUUUGAAAAUUUAUUAGAUAUAAUGACAUUUCAUAUAGUUCGAGGUUAUUUAUCAAUUGAAGAACCUUUAAAAGCUUUGAAAAAACAUCAAAUUCAUAUAUUAAAUAUGAAAUCAAUUAUGGGACGUAACAAUAAUAACAAUAAUUGGGAAUCAAUACAAUAUGAAUGGUUAGGUCAAUUAAUAAGUCUUAUCCCUAAUUCAUUAAUUAAAUCAUUAAAUAAUCCAAAUCCUAAUUCAACAAGUUUAAUUAAACUGAAAAAAUUUCAUGGAAAUUUAAUGGUUAAUUAUUUUGGUGGAAUAAAAUUAUCAGAAUUUAAUGUUAUAACUAAUCCUGGAUUAAUUUAUCUUAAAGCAUAUGAAAUAAAUAAUGAUAAACAUAACCAUAAACGAAUUCAACUUUUAAAGAAUGUUAUAAUUGAAUUAGAAAAACAAGAUACAAAUAAUAUCAUAAACAAUCAAUCACAAAUAUCUUCUUCUGUUUCAAAAAAAAAUGUUGUUGAUAAUGUAAAUUCAUCAUUUAUUCUGUAUAUUUAUUGGUUAUUAGCAGAAGAAGAAUUUCAUUAUGAUGAUAAUAAAUCUAAAGCUAUUGAUUAUUAUGAAAAAGCAUAUAAUGGUAUUUUAAAAUUUUCUCCAAAAUGGUAUAAUAUUACUUUUUUAAUUUUACAAAAAUUAUUAAAUUGUUAUUACCUAGUAGGUAAUAAAAAAUUACAAUUAAUCACCAUUUUAAAAUUAUCAACUAUACCAAUCCAAGAAAAUGAUAAACAACACUACAUUUCUUCUUAUCCUAUUGAUGAUAUAUUUCUGGAAGAGGAAAAGGAAGAGAAGGAACAAAAUAUUGAUAUAAUUGAUGAUAUUGACAAUGAUUUUUUAUAUGAAUUAUUUAAAGUUGAUGUAUUAAUAAUUAAUAAUGAUUUAAUUAAACGUGAAAUUAAUGUUCAUGAUGAUAUAAUUGUACAAAUUAAAUUACAAUCAAAUUUAAAUCAACAAAAAAUGUAUCAAUAUUUAUCACCAGAAACAACAAAAAUCAUUAUAAAUAUUAAUCAAAUUGAUAUUCAUUUUAGUAGAAUAGAUGAAAAGAAGAAGAAUAUUAAAAAGAAAAAUUCACGUCCUGGUAUUAAAAAUAUAUCUAUAACUAAUGAUACCAAUAAAAAACAUUGUCAUAAUGAUAAUGGUAUAAUAAAAUUGAAAGGACAAGAAUUGGAUUUAACAUUUGUUGAUUCUACCAAUAUGAGUUUCCUGGGAGAUAACAAAUUAUUCCUUCAACAUAUUCAAUCAGUUACAAAUUCAGGUCAUUAUCAAAUAGAUGUUGUUAAACUUCAAAUAACUAUUCAAUUACAAAACAAAAAUAAUCAUCAAAAACAAAUAAAUUUAAAUAAAAUUGAACUUCAUCAAAAUUUUUUUACUAGUGGUGGUACUGGUAUUGGUGGUGGUACUGGUAUUGGUGGUGGUAUUGGUUAUUAUCAAAUUUCAUCAACUAAACAACGGAAAAUCCGAUUAAAUUAUCCCAAUAAUGAAAUUAAAAUAUAUCCUGUGAAACCAAAUAUUAAUAUUAAACCAAUAAUUCCUAUUAAUUGUUAUAUACCUGGAGAAAAAUUAGCUAUUCCAUUAAAAAUUAAUUAUAAAAAUCGUCAUUAUGUAAAUAAACAAACUUAUAUUAUGGUGAAAAUAAAAUCAAUUAAUCAAAAUCAAAAUCAAAAUCAAAAUCAUAGCCAUAGCCAUAGCCAUAAUGAAGUAAUUGCUAUUAAUUGGGAUGGAUUUAAAGAUGAUGAACCAUUAAAUUUACAUCCUGAUAAAAAUGAUAAUGACAAUAUUCAUACAUUAUAUAUUUUCACUCGAAAUUGGAAUCAAGAAUAUUUAAAUAUUGAAUUCCAAACUUAUACUGACAACAACAACAACAAUAACAACAAUGAGGAAGAAGAUGAACAAGAAGAAGAGUUGAUAAUUUAUGAUAUUGCAAAUUUUACAAUACCAGUAUUAAUUAAACCAUUUUCUUGUCAAUAUAUUAUAACUCCACAAUUCCGUAAUAAAGCAAUUGAUAUGCCAUCACCAUUUAUAUUACCUAAUAAAACUGAUCAUAAUAUGCCAAUUGUCAUUAGAUUAUGGGAAGGGAAAUUAAAAAUAAUUGAUCAAUAUAAACAAUUUAUGGAAGAACAACAACAAGAACAAGAACAAACGUUAGAAAUUGUUGAUAUUGAAUUUAAUAUUGUUUCUAAAAAUCCUGAAUUAAUCAUUGAUUUAGUGAAUAAUGAUAAUUCAAUUGAAACUCAACAAUUUAUAACAAGAAGUAAAAAUGGAUUUAGUCAUAGAAAUGUUGUUGUUGUUAAUUCAGCAAUUAUUAAAUGGAAACGUCGAAACAAUAAUGACAAUAAUGACAAUAAUGACAAUAAUGAUAAUAAUGAUCAAAUAAUUAAUGAAUUUGAAACUCCAGAAUGGGAAAUCACUUUACCAUUAUCUGAACCAAGAGUAUUAUUUCAUAUUGAACAAGAUAUUAAAUAUAAUAAUAUUUAUAAAUUACAAUAUAUUUUAGAGAAUCCAACUCCUAGAAUAUUUACAUUUAUUACUCAAUUAACUGAUUAUGAAAAUCAAUGGAUAUUUAAUGAUUCAAAAAAUAUUAUACCUUUAAUACAACCUCAAUUCCCUGUAUUACCAUUUAGUCGACAUUAUAUGGAUUUUAUAGGUGAAUAUCUACCUCCUGUACUGGAAAUUGAUUCAAAUUCCAAUUUGGGAUUGAAAUUACCUAAAUUUAAAGUAUUUGAUGUCCAAUAUAAAGUGACCCUUCCAAUUAUAUCAAUUAUGGAAAAUAUUACCAAUGUUGCCAAUAAUGGGAAUUUAUACUACAAAUCAAAGGAAAAGGAAAAGGAAAAGGAAAUAAACUAA